GUACGUUAAAGCUGUAAUUUAUAUCAAGUCUAAAAUUUGAUAAACCAUGUAUGACGAUUAUAGCAGGUAUGAUACUUACGUUGAUUAUGGAUCAGAUGUGCAUAAUGACCAAUAUGACAGAUUAGGUUAUCGUCAAGUACCAGAAGUUGUACGAAAUUUUUUAGUAUUUUUGCGAAAUUGUAUAAAUGAAGGAAUGAUUUUUGAGAUUCAAAAUCUUUAUGAAACAACAUUUCCAAAAAUCUCAGAACAGUUAUUUGAUAAGUCUUCUUGGCCAGAUGCUGAAGCAAUUGCACAUGUAGUUGAUAAUGAUCUACUAUUCCUUACUUUAUAUAAAGAACUUUAUUAUCGUCAUAUUUACGCUCGCAUGCAAGGACCAACAUUAGAACAACGCCUUGGUUCUUUUUAUAAUUACUGCGAUCUUUUUAAUUAUAUUUUGCAUCCAGAAACACCAGUGCAAUUAGAGUUACCUGAUCAAUGGUUAUGGGAGCUUAUUGACGAAUUUGUUUACCAAUUUCAAUCUUUCACACAAUAUCGUGCUAAUUUGUCAAAUAAAACACCUGAAGAAAUUGAGAAUUUGAAUGCACAUAGUAAGACAUGGGAUAUAUUAUGUGUUUUAAAUGUCCUACAUUAUUUAGUAGAUAAAUCAAAAAUCAAAAGUCAAUUAGAAGUAUAUGCAAGUGGUGGAGAUCCAGAUUCUGUGGCUGGUGUAUUUGGGAGACAUUCUUUAUAUAAAAUGCUUGGAUAUUUUUCUCUUGUAGGAUUGUUACGCCUACAUUCUCUUUUAGGAGAUUAUUAUCAAGCCAUUAAAAUUUUAGAAAAUGUUGAACUUUAUAAAAAGAGUGCAUAUUCCCAUGUUCCUGGUUGUCAAAUAUCAACAGCAUAUUAUGUUGGUUUUGCUUAUAUGAUGAUGCGUAGAUAUGCAGAUGCAAUCAGAACAUUUUCUGGUAUUUUAUUAUAUAUUCAAAGAACGAAGCAAUUAUUUGCAACAAGAAAUUAUCAAAAUGAUCAAAUCAAUAAACAAACAGAUCAAAUGUAUCAUUUAUUAGCAAUUUGCCUUGUUCUUCAUCCACAAUGCAUAGAUGAAGCAUUACAACAAGCAUUACGUGAUAAAAAUUAUCAUGAGAAAAUGUAUAAGAUGCAAUAUGGAGAUUUAGUUGAAUUUGAAUCAUGUUUUCUAUUUGCUUGUCCAAAAUUUUUGUCUCUUACACCACCAAAUUCAGAUGAACCAAAUGAAGACUAUGUUCGAGAAGCAAUUAAACAUCAAACUCAAGUUUUUAAAGAUGAAGUUGUUCAACAAAAAAUGUUGCCAACUAUACGUUCAUAUCUAAAGUUAUAUACUACUUUGCCAUUGAGUAAACUAGUUACAUUUAUGUGUAGUAAUAGAUCUGAAGAGAGCUGGGAUUUAGAUAAAGAAGUCAGUGCACUAACGAUUCAUCUAUUGUGUUUUAAACAUAAAAUGAAAAACAUUGUUUGGACAAAAGGUGCAUCAGGAUUAGAUGGAAAAUUUCAAUCUGGCUCAGAGCUGGAUUUUUAUAUCGAUCAUGAUAUGAUUCAUAUUGCGGACACAAAAGUGGCGCAUCGCUAUGGUGACUUUUUUAUUCGGAAAAUUCUAAAAUUUGAAGAAUUAAAUCGCAAAUUACAUCAUAUAAAAAUUUAAAUAGUAUAU